UAUUCGACGCCCUGUUCCGUUAAUAACGCCCUAGUUUAUCACGUGAAAGUACGAUUCUGCCCUUUAAAUUCAAAUUCACCCCCCUCCUCCUUCAUGACCAUUCUCCUUCUCUGCUCUCUCCCUCCCUUCCUCCUGCUGGCACCCCUCCCUCAACGCCGCCCCAUCUCCGCCUCCAUCACCGCCCCAUCUAAUCUUGCAGCCCCAUCUCCACCGCCAUCACAGUUGCAUCAAAUAACCCCAAAUUUGCUGGAGUUGGCCAUAUCGCCGCCGCCGGAGUUCCCUGUUUCGCGGCGGCGUUGAAGACCUUUCUUGCGAAUAAUCCAACGGAGCAAGCUUCCCCUGUUUCGAUGGCCCUGUUUCGACGGCCUUGAAGACCCUGUUACGGCCCUGUUUCGACGGCCACGGCUACGAAGAGGAGCCCACUGGUUGUCGCCGAUGAAGGUGUGAGCGUCAAUGGCUCCAAAGAGGAGACCCACAUCGACGCCGUUGUCUCCUCCAUUACCGCCGGCGUUAAAGCGACUUACGAAGACCAACGUCGAAUUUGAUGAGGAUAAUGUGGAUGAUGUGAAUGAUGUCGUUGUUGGUUCUGGAGUGAGGCAUACGAGAAGUCGGUGUGUAAAUGCUUCGGUUAGGAGAGAGAGAGAGAGAGAGUUGGUUUACCAUUGGGUGAGGAGUAUAUUGAGGAGGACUUGGAGGACUUCACAACUGCUUUGGAUAACGCCUUGCAAUCCACCUCACCCCAGGCGCAGUUGAAUAGCUCGCCACCUCAGUCUUCUCAUGGGUCGAAGGUUUGCCAUGACUAUGACGUGGAUUCUGAGGGCGAUGAGGACGAGGGUUCUGAGGGCGAUGAGGAUGAGGGUUCUGAGGGCAAUGAGGAUGAGGGUUCUGGGGGCAAUGAGAAUGAGGGUUCUAAGGGCGAUGAGGAGCCAGUCAUUCCACCUCGCGUCGUGGUGCGCGACUCUAAUGCUCCUAUUACUAUUCAUCGACGUAAAGGGAAGUUUAUUCGUAACCCUGAGGGGAGUAUGAGUACCACCGGACGUUGUCGUAGAGAUAAGGGGACUAGAGACACAUGGUUAGUUACUGGCCCGAUGGGCGGAGGUCCUUCAGACGGUAGCGUUAUUCCUAGCUACCCGGCUCACGUUGGGAGGUCCUUAUGGGAAGCCAUGUUCAAUCGAGGUAAAUUGCAUUGCCAGAGUAGAGUAGUGGUAUGUAAGCGACUAAUGAAGUGGUAUCGUGGAAUGAAAGAAGAUCUGCGAGAUAAGCUAGGUGAAAGUUCGUUGAGUCAUUUGCCAUUUAUGAUGGCAUCCCACAUUGACGCUCCUUUGAUUUCAGCUUUCGUGGAGAGGUGGCAACCGGAUACGAACACUUUUCACUUGCCAUUUGGAGAGAUGACGAUCAUGUUGCAUGACGUUCAGGCGAUACUUGGGAUUCCUGUUGAGGGGAGAGUAGUGAGUUGUACAUACGACGACACGAGCAGAUCUCUUAUGAGCCUUAUUCUUGAGUUGCUUCAGGUGAGCGAUGAGGCGACCCUUAAAGCAGGGAAAGCGCCUAUAUGGCAACGCGGUUGUGUGAAGACUUCUACUAUUAUUGGCAAUUUGGAGGGAUUGGCUAGGGACCCAGAUUGUGAGAUGACUGGUUGGCUAUGGACUGCUAUUGGAUGUUGUUUGUUUACUGAUAAGAGUAGAAGUCGGGUUCGCUCGCAGAUCUUACGUAAUCUAGAUCAUUUGGAUCGUGUACCGAGCUACUCUUGGGGCUCAGCUUGCUUAGCCUUUCUUUAUCGCCAGCUGGGUAUGGCUACACGAUCAGAGUCACGAGGUAUUGGAGGUUGUCUCACGCUUCUUCAGGCGUGGAUAUAUGAGCAUUUUCCAUGCUUCCGACCACGAUCAGUCAGGAAGGAUAUAGGACAUAAUGAUCCUCGUGCAUUGAGAUGGGUUUAUGCUCCAGAGAGUAAGGAUCAGACUAGGUUGGCAUCGUUUCGUGCUCGACUAGACAAGCUCACACCAGAGCAGGUUUUGUGGACGCCAUUUGGCGCCAACCCCGCCACACCUUGUCCGAGGACUACUUAUAUUGGGCCCAUAUGUUAUCGUGACAUUGGCGAAAUAUACAACCCUGAUCGGGUUACUCGACAAUUGGGUUAUGUGCAGCGUGUUCCGCAGGAAGUCAUUUUCUUUGGUAAAGCGUAUCGGCCACCUAACUCGAGGAAGUAUGAGGUGGAGUUUCAUGACUUGACACAUAUAGACAAGUUGUGGAAACGUUUCGCAGUCGAUGGUUAUGCUGCCAGUUUGAUUCUCGCGUCCCUGACUCUUGUUCCAGAUGGUGUGCCUUACUUGUGUGAAGAUGAUUAUGAUACAUGGUUUAUGGGUCACUCUCAUCCAUACAUUUGUCCUGCUUUUGCUGCAUUUCCACCGACUGUAGUUGUACCUGACCGCUAUCACACUGAAUACUGGAUUGGGCGAUAUAACCAAGUCGUUCAUGGACUUAUUGAAGCUCAUAAUGAUCAUCAUCACCCGAUGGUGAUAGCCGCCCAGAAGUUAUUGGAUGAUUGGAACUUUAUUUUGCAUUCCCAGUGACUGUAAUAGCUUUUCAUGAACUUCAGUUGCAUUGGACUUUGUAUUUCAAUUUUUAUUUGGACUUUGUAAUUCGUGUUUAUUUUGACUUUGUAAUUCGUGUUUAUUUGGACUUUCUAAUUCGUGUUUGUUUGGACGUUUAGAAUGGACUUUGUAAUUUAAUUUGGGAUGAUUUUGUUUGUUUAGUUUAUAUUUGACUUUUAUAAGUAAUUUCGUUAA